AUGGCUCCGCGGAGAGGCGUGAGCAUAUCCUGUUUCCUGCUCCUGCCGUGCCUGGCCGCGUCGCUGGCCGCGUCGCGGGCGGGAGCACCUGCGGUGCAGCGCGUGGCGGCCGCGCCGCCGCGCGCAGCGAGUGCAAUCGCGGCGGCGCCUGCAGCAGCUGAGCGAGAGAAAUCUGCGAGCAACGAUCUGAUCCCGGAGGAGCCGACGCUCUCCGACUGGAUCAACAACAUGCCGAUCGCCAUGUCCAAGUCGCUCGCACGGCAGAUCCUGACGAGCCAGGAGAAGGAGCCCGAGCCGCUUCCCGGCAUCUGGGACUGGUUCUGGGACAGCAUGCCCUUCCUUGCCGCCGGGAAGAAGGGCGAGCCGCUCACGCUGGGCGACGUCGCGCGCACCUUCAAGGUCAACAUCGAGCAGAUCUUUGGCAACAUCCCCGCACCGGACAAGGCGCCGCUCGCUGCGGCGGAUGUCGAGGGCCUCGACUUCAAGGCCUCGAGAUAUGGGGAGAUGUGGGAGAUAUGGGGAGGUGGACCCGCGCAGACGGGCACCACCGCCGCCGCCGCCGCCGCCAUCUUCCUCGCGCUAAAGACGUACUUCGACCGGUACGGGUCGGUGUACAAGAUGUGCUUCGGCCCAAAGUCGUUCAUGGUCUCGAGCGACCCUGUCAUCGCAAGGCACGUCCUCCGCGAGAACUGCAAGAACUACGACAAGGGCGCCCUCGCCCUCGUCCUCGAGGACAUCAUGGGCAAGGGUCUGAUCCCCGCAGACCCGGUCACGUGGGCGAAGCGGCGGCGCGCGAUCGCGCCCGGCUUCCACAAGCUCUACCUCGAGCGGAUGGUGAGUGAGUUUGGGCAGGCCAACGCGAACCUGAUCCCGCAGCUGCUCCAGGCGUACGGCUCGCUCGCCCUCGACGUGAUCGGCAAGGCGGUCUUCAACUAUGAGUUCGGGUCUGUGGACGAGGAGUCGCCCGUGGUGCUGUACAAGCUGAUCGACGAGUGCCUCGACUCGCGCAACCCCGAGGAGCUCGACGCGCUCAAGAGCAAGGACUACUCCAAGGUGAAGGACCCACCCUCCCCUACCCCACGGCACGAGACGACGGCCGCGGUCCUCACCUGGCUCACCUACGCCCUCUCGCAGCACCCGGAGGCGCUCAGGCGUGUGCAGGACGAGAUCGACACCGUGGUCGGCGACCGCUACGCCACCGUCGACGACAUCAAGCGCAUGCCCGAGGUGCAAAAGGCGGACCAGUGGCCCGAGGGUGGAACGGGCGUCGAGGGCGGCUUCGCGCUCGCUCGCGCGAACGACCUCUUCAUCUCGACGUACAACAUGGGCCGCUCGCCCCAGCUGUGGGAGGAGCCGGACGUCUUCGACCCGCAGCGGUGGGACCGGCCGUUCGACAACCCAGACGUCAAGGGGUGGGCGGGCUACGACCCCGCCAAGCGCACCGGCACGGGCAAGAUGAAGCCCGAGGGAGGGCUGUGGGUCGCAAACCUCGAGAUCGCGUCUGACCACGCCAUGAUCCCCUUCGGCGCGGGGGAGCGCAAGUGCGUGGGCGACCAGUUCGCGCUCCUCGAGGCGGCGGUCUCGGUCGUCAUGCUGCUGCGCCGCUUCGAGUUUGAUCUCGAGAUGCCCGACGGGCCGGUGAACCCCGCGAAGCUCGACCCAGACAACCCGGACAAGUCGAUCGGCACGGUCGGCAUGGUCUCGGCGGCGACCAUACACACCGCCACCGGCCUCUUCUGCCGCGUCAAGGAGCGCUUCCCGGGCAGGACGGACUUGCCGCCGCGGCAAGACCCCAACCUCCAGGCGCCCGAGCCAGAGGGGCCUGCCUUGGGGGAGCCCGCGCUCGUACCGUAGAUUAGAGUGUCCCCCCUGCAUUGUGUGUGCGCGGCCCCUCCGACACCCGAGUCACUCACACCUCUGGAGAGUGAUUCUCGACAGCCUGUAGCCCGCGCGCGGCGCUCGAGGCUACACGCGCGCGCACUGCACGGGGAGCGCUUGUCUUCCACGGCACCGCGGCCUCGCUUCCCAGGCAUCUGCAUGUCUGCGCAUGUACCCCCCCCCCCCCACACACCUCCGCCCUUGCGCGCGGCUGAGUCGGGGUCUCGCGGCGCCAUUUUGUUGUACUGUGCGCGACGUGUUUUUUCUGUGCCUCCUCAGUCUGUGGUAGAGAGAAGAGAGGUACCCGCGCGUGCGGGCGUGGCCAAGCC